AUGAGGUCUCUCACGCACUUCGUGGGCGUUGCGCUGCCGCUGCUUGUUUCGCAGACUCUCGGCCUGAACUUCACCAUCGCCAACGGGCAGAUUUUCACGCCCGGUUUUGCCAUUCUCGAUGCCCCGCAACCGGGCACGCCGCUAGGCGGCGAGCUGCUGGAGGUGGCCCUCGAUGUCUCGACGAACGGCAAAAUGCCAUUGCCGCCGUAUGCGGAUGACAGCCCGAGCAAGAUCUUUAACAUCACCAUCUUCCUGUACAGCUAUGACACCAACAGGAACUUCACCAUCUCGAAUGGCACGGCGACGGCGAACAAUGCCAGUCUGGGCGAGAUCAUGGUCCAGGAGCCGGGGAGCACCGUCAAGCAUGUCAAGUGGACGUGGCCCAACUGCCUGGUCGGCGACGGUCAGCCCGAGUCGGGAGACAGUGACCGCGGCGUCUACAACAUCUCCAUCCGCCAGAACUUCAAGCUCAACGGCGACGACCACUACACCAUCUUCGACGUGCCCAUCUCCGUCACCAACAGCAUCGAGGCGAGCGCCAGCCGCGCCGACUGCGACUCGCUCGACAACCCGCUGCUGACGCCCGAGCAGAUCAACGCCUCGGCCGCCAACGCCGUGGGCAUCCUCUUCGCGCCUGGCGACUCCACCCAGAUCCAGGUCGAGGGCAAGGACGACGGCAAAGAUGGCCAGGGGCUGGGUGGGGCUGGAGCGCUGAACUGGCGCAGCGGGGCGCAUUGGUUGUGUCUGAUUAGCAUUGGCGCAGCAUUCUUGCUUUGA